AAAAUUAACCGGCGCGAUACUAAACUCGACCCGAAAAAUUAACUGACGCUUUAAUUGAUGAAGCUGCUGAAGAAAUUAUGGACAUUGAAGAAAUCGAAAGUGAUGAUGACGCAGUGGAUGCAGUGUUAGAUGAAUUGGGUGACAAUAUAUCUGUUGUUAUGGAAUGUCGGCGAGGAGUUUAUAGCACAAUACGUAAGUCAGACAUUUGGCGCAAUAAUAUUUUGACAACACUGGACGAAGACCGAUUCCGCCAAAUGUUAAGAGUAGAUAGAGACCAAUAUAAUAUGCUGGUUGAUUUAAUAAAAAACGAUGAUGCCCGAAUAUAUCGAAAUAGCUCACUCUUUCAACAAAAUGAGCAGCAUUUUUCUUCACUGCAAUGGAUUGCUGGGGACUCGGCAUACCCUUUAUCUGGAAUGUUAAUAACCCCUUACAGAAGCAACGCAAGACAUUUGGAUAAAAAUGCCCGAAUUGCAUUUAAUUUACGGCACAGUAAAUACAGGGUUGGAGUAGAGCAUUGUUCUGGGGUUUUAAAAGAAAGAUUUGGAAGCCUUAAGCAGCUAAGGAUGCAUCCAUCAACUACUACGGAAGAUUCUAUUGAGCCUGAUGAGCAUAUACCCAACAAUGUUGGAGAAACUACAUAA